CAGGACUCCUCGCGAUAUCAGGGCUUGUUGGAGACAUAAGUGGAGCCCUACAUUUGCGCGCCCUUCCCUUGUACGGCCCCCGGAGGGACUCAAAAUCCCGACUCUACCCUUCGGCGAGCCCGUAAACCCUAUUCUCGUAUCUUUAUUUCACGCGAUUUCUUCUCCGAUGUUAGAAUUCCAACUGCGGAAACCCUAAACACUGGAAUUCUGGUUCUUCUUUCGUAUUCGUAGAUGGCGGGUUCUGUAGAACAGAUUAAGCUAGGCCUCCGUUCCCUAGUGCCGGAAUCGAAGACGGAUUCGAGCUCUUUCCACUCCUCCGGGGUUUCUUCUGGUCAGGCCGGCGUUAUUAUUCAAAGAGCUCCCGGGCGAGUUGUUUCUUUAUCAACAUGUAGCAAGAUGUGUGCAGUCAGCUUGAUGGUUGGUGUGUUCAUUGGUUUCACGCUAAAGAGGCGGUUGAGGCAAUGGGCGGGUAAACUGCUCAAGCGAUUGAAGGAUGAUUAAAAUGCUCUUUUGAAUUUACCGGGGAGAUUUUUUCUAUAUCCGAGUUGCUGAAUUGUUAUAUGUGGAUGCUUGUUUUUGUCUCUUGAAUCUAUUGUUAUAUGUGGAAAUCUUGCUGAGUCACCCAAGAGACUUUGACUGGUAACCCCCCCUCUCCUGCAAUUUGGUCAUCCAUUGUUAUUUUGUAUAGCUCAGUUAUCUCACCUCCAAAUGGUAUCUCAUAUGAACAGUUUAUUUUGCCUCUUUUCUUAUCAUAAUGAUCCAUGCAAGACAUUGCCACCA